CCCCUUUUUUUUUCAAAAACAAAUCAACUUGAAUCUAAUCAUUCACAGAUGCUUCACCACGGAAAUAACACAAGCCUUUCUAUCCACGUUAUCGCUGCCAGUGACUUAAAGGACGUUGAAACCCUUGGCAAGAAUGAUCCUUAUGUUCAAUGCACUUUGGAUUACAACAACAAGAAUGCUUAUUUGAGAACCUCUACCAAGAAGGAUGCUGGUAACAGUGCCACUUGGAAUGAAGCCUUCAACACUGCCUUGAAUGGUGAAGCUGACCUCUUUGUCGAAGUUCUUGAUGAAGAGCGCUCCGUUGAUGAAGUUAUUGGUUUUGCUGCUAUCCCUCUUAACCAAGUUGUUAAUGCUCCUGGUGCUCACUUGAAUGCUAUUUUUGACAUCUAUGACACUAAGGAAAACCGUGCUGGUCAAAUCCAUUUACAAUUAGUUGCUCAAGGUUUUCCUAACUCUCAACCUCCUAACUUCAACAGUGAACCUAUCCGUGGUCAAAGCUAUGUUGAAGAAGGCCACCGUGCUCGUAUGAAAUCCACUAACCGUAAGGCCGCCGGUGUUACUGUUGGUGGCGCCCUUUUGGGUGGUGCUCUUGCUGUUGGAGCCGGCUUCUUAGGUAAGAAAUUAUAUGAUGACCGCAAAGCUGAGGAUGAGCAAGAAGAAGAAGGACGUGACGAAUCUGAGCCUCUCAGAAACGAUGAACGCGAACAUGAUAAUGAAAAUGAGGGAAGACACGAACGUCGUCAUGAAAAUGACGAUUACGAUGGUGAUGCCAGAAAGUGGAACCCUGUUGGUACUUACGCUCCUGGUGAUCGCGUCUCUUACCACGGCCAGGUUUACGUCUGUCUCCAAGGCCAUACCUCUAACCCUACUUGGCAGCCCGGAGCUGCCCACUCUCUUUGGCAAGCUGAGUAAAUGUGCCUUCCUCUCAAUUAUAAAACCGUAAAUAUUAGGCUCAAUAGUACUUUAAAAGAUACCAUUGUUAUAAACAAACAUUACAACAUUCUUGACCAUUUCCAUAUUCAAUAAAAUACUAUUUCAUUUGCAACAUAUGAUAACUGGAUAUUGCAGUGUAAAAUAUGAGUUUUUCAAACCAUUUUUUUUAGUAGAUUACUUGAACAAUAAAGAUCGAUGAUGGGUAAGUCGUGAGAAUUAUCCGCAUCAAAACUUUUUGUUUCACAAUUCUUUUAUGCGAUAUAACAAUUAGGUGUUUCAAAC